CCAGCAAUAUACACAUCAAAUUGUACUGUCUUUUGUAGCAGGCCAUUGUAUUAUGUACAGACACAACAAACUUCCUUGUAACAAACUUUGUUGUCAUUCACAAAACAAAACUUUUUAUGCUAUGCUGCAGCAGCAGCAGUAACAAAAACAAAACAUCACUUCUUUAGGCUUUCUUUUUGCUGACCCAUUUCUGAAAAAACAAUAAAGAUCUUAACUUUUCUUGAUUCAGGAAAUGGGUUAUCAAAAAUUACUUCUGGGUAUGGUUUUUUUGAUUUACUUAGUAAGCUUAAGCUUCAUUGGAGUGAAUGGAAUAGUAGGAGGAGGUAGUUCAGCUGAGAAAGGGGUUGUUAUCAUUCAUGGAAAAUGUCCUAUUGGAAGGAUUCAUAAUGAUUUUGUUUGUGCUACUCUUGAUUGGUGGCCACCUCAGAAAUGUGACUGGGGAAAAUGCAGUUGGGGUCAUGCUUCUUUGCUUAAUCUGGACCUCAACAAUAAAAUUUUGUUAAAUGCAGUAAAAGCUUUUUCACCCUUGAAAAUUAGAUUGGGUGGUACCUUGCAAGAUAAAGUCACAUAUGGAACUGCAGAUAAUAAGGAACCUUGUACUCCAUUUGUUUUGAAACCUGAUAUAAUGUUUAGUUUCACUCAAGGGUGCUUACCAAUGCAAAGAUGGGAUGAACUAAACAGCUUUUUCCAAAAAGCAGGGGUUAAAGUUAUAUUUGGAUUAAAUGCUCUUGCCGGAAGAUCUGUGCACGGUGGUGUUUCUGUUGGACCUUGGAAUCCCACCAAUGCCGAGUCUUUUAUUCGUUAUACUGUUAGCAAGAAGUACAAUAUUCAUGGUUGGGAAUUCGGUAAUGAAUUGUGUGGAGUUGGAAUUGGAACAAGUGUUGCUGCAGCUCAAUAUGCUUCUGAUAUAGUUGUUUUAAGGAAGAUAAUUCAAGAUGUAUAUAGAGGGGUUGAACCAAAACCACUAAUCAUUGCACCUGGAGGCUUUUUCGAUGGCGCUGCCAAUUGGUUUAAGGAAUUCUUAAACAAAUCGGGCGAAUCUGCAAAUGCGGUCACCCACCAUAUUUAUAACCUUGGAGCAGGAAUUGAUGAUCACUUGGUCGAAAGAAUUCUUGACCCAACCUAUCUUGAUGGGGUGGCCAGCACUUUCAGCGGUCUUAAAAAUGUACUUCAAAAUUCAGGAACCUCAGCUGAAGCAUGGGUUGGUGAAGCAGGAGGGGCUUAUAGUAGUGGCUGUCAUCUUGUGUCUGAUGCAUUUGUCAACAGCUUCUGGUAUUUGGAUCAGCUUGGUAUGUCAGCUACUUAUGGCACGAGGACAUAUUGCAGACAGACUUUAAUAGGAGGAAACUAUGGUUUGCUGAAUACUACGACUUUCAAUCCAAAUCCAGACUAUUAUAGUGCUCUUCUUUGGCACCGACUCAUGGGAGGACGUGUCCUGUCAACUUCCUUCUACGGAACAAAGAAGAUCAGAACUUACGCACAUUGUGCAAAAGAAUCCAAGGGAGUCACAAUACUGUUUCUCAACUUGGAUAACAGCACCACUGUUAAUGCUCAAGUGGCCUUAAAGUUUGCCGAGAAACCUUACUAUCAUUUGAGAGGAUCACAGAGAAGAGAGUACCAUUUAACAGCAAAAGAUGGAAAUUUACAUAGCCAAAUUAUGUUACUAAAUGGAAACAUUCUAAGUGUAAACUCAGAUGGUGAUAUUCCUCCAUUGAAUCCUAUAUAUGUUGAUUCUUCAAAGCCAAUAACAGUUGGUCCUCUUUCUAUUGUAUUUACUCAUAUACCAGAUGCUGCUGUUAAGGCUUGCAGCUAGCUAGUUAGCUCAAAUGGCACUAGACGAAACCGAAAAUCGAUUUCGCUUGGUGGUUGGUAAUAAAAUACAACAUAGAAGAAUACAAGAAAGUACUAUUGUUAGAUUGUUUGGAGGGCAAAGCCCUAUGGUUUUGGUUUGUUUUACAUAUUCUCAAUGCACUAUUCAGUUCAUUAUGACAAUUGUAAAUUUCAUUAUAAAUUGAAAGUGACAUUCAAUUUCUUGCCA